AUGGCUCCCCCCAAAUCCAGCAACGAAGAUGAUCCCUUCUCUGCCCUCAACGCGACCGAGAUGAGGCUCCUCGCCCUUGGCCACAUCUUCCAUGACCAAGGCGCUCCCAACUACGAGGAAAUGGCAAAGUGGUCCAACCUCAAAGCCAGCUCAGCUUCCACUCUCUACCGCAGUGCCAAGCGCAAGCUCGCCCGUGCCCUCGAGACUGCUGGUGCUCCCACAACCUCUCCCACCAAGGCUGGCCCGGCUCGAAAGCGGGUCAAGAAGUCGACCGCUCAGACCGCCCAGGGUGAGGUCAACACUGAGGACGCUGCCGAGGAGUCCGCUGCUCCCGUCAAGGAUGAGCCCACCACCGGCUUCGAUGACCCCAGCACAGUCGCCAUGACUGGCCAUCUCAUGAUGGCUGCCAAGACUGUCGCUGAGGGUUCCACUGAGGAGGAAUAG